GAUCCAAACACAGCACAUGAAGUCCUCCAUCUGUCUGAGGGGAACAGGAGAGUGGAGAAGAGAAAUGAGGACCAGUCAUAUCCUGAUCAUCCAGACAGAUUUGAAUAUUGGGAUCAGGUGCUGUGUAGAGAGGGUGUGUCUGCACGCUGCUACUGGGAGGUUGAGUGGAGUGGAGAGGUUGAUAUAGCAGUGUCAUAUAAAAGCAUCAGCAGGAAAGGAGAUGGUGUAAAGUGUUUGUUUGGAUAUAAUGAUCAGUCCUGGAGGCUGUUCCUCACCGGAUACAGCUCCUAUUUCUGGCACAAUAAUGAAAAGACUGAACUCCCUCUAGUGGCCAGCUCUAGAAUAGGAGUGUAUGUGGAUCACAGGGCAGGAACUCUGGCCUUCUACAGCAUCUCUGGAGACACAAUGACCCUCCUGCACAGAGUCCACACCACAUUCACAAACACACUCUACCCUGGGUUUGCUUUGGGUGAUGGAUCAUCAGUGGAGCUGUUGUGAG